CACCAACACCUUUCUCUUCUUUUCGCCGCCCUCAUAUAUGCAGUCACACGUACCCCCUCUCCACCGCGGCUCUCUCUUCUAGCUAUCCUCUAAUGGCGUUCCGAGCCAAAGACAAGGAUAAACACUCUCUUCUCCUAUUCUCCUUCCCCAAGGACAAGGCUUUGAAUUCAAUACUCGCUAAAGCCAAGUACUUGCUCUACAUCCUCCUCUUCUUCUCCCUCUGGCUCUUUCUUCUCUUCCUCUGCUUCCCUCCUUCCCCCGACCUCUCACCCUCCUCUGCCACCGCUGGCGGUGGCGGCCGAGGCGACGAUGAUCUUCCCCGCCCUCCGGAGAAGUGCGACCCGGACAUCGCCCCCUUCUAUAUCUACGACCUCCCCACCCGCUUCAACCUCGCCCUCCUCCGCCGCUGCCGCUCUCUCAACAUGUACACCGACAUGUGCCCCCACGUCGCCCACCGCGGCCUCGGCCAGCCCGUCCCUCACCCCCUCUCCUCCUCCGGCGGCGACGCCGCCAGCCCCUCCUGGUACGCCACCCACCAGUUCAUCGCCGAGAUGAUCUUCCACGCCCGAGCCGAGCGCCACCCCUGCCGCACCCUCGACCCCUCCUCCGCCUUCCUCUUCUACGUUCCCUUCUACGCCGGCCUCUACACUUCGUCUGUUUUCCGGGAAUCUGAUCGUGCUGUCCGCGACGCCCUCGCCGUCGAUUUGGCCGCCCACAUCUCCGCCCACGCCUCCUUCCGCCGCGGCCACGGCCGCGACCACUUCCUCGCCCUCGGCCGCACUGCCUGGGACCUCAUGCGCUCCGACGCAGCCUCCUCGCGGGACUUCGGCGCCAACCGCCUCCUCGUCCUCCCCGAAGUCCUCAACAUGUCCGUCCUCACCGUGGAGCGCCACCCCUGGGACGGCCGCAACCAAUUCGCCAUCCCCUACCCUUCCUACUUCCACCCCUUCUCCGCCGACGAGGUGGCCGCGUGGCAGGCCGAGGUCCGGCGGUCCAAAAGGAGCUACCUUUUCACGUUCGUCGGCGGGCCGAGAAAUGCCACCGACAAGGCGGCCGUCCGAGCGGAGAUCCUCCGUCAGUGCGGAGCCUCGGACCGAUGCCUCCGGGUCGAGUGCGAACCGGGCUCUCCCAGGUGCCACGGUCCAGACCGGGUUCUCGCGGUGAUGAAGCAGGCCGAGUUUUGCCUCCAGCCGCCGGGCGACUCGUUCACGCGGCGGUCCGUGUUCGACUCGGUUCUGGCCGGGUGCGUCCCGGUUUUCUUCUCGGAGCACACGGCCUACACGCAGUACAGGUGGUACGUACCGAGCCGGGCCGAGGAGUGGUCGGUUUUCCUGGGUCCAGACCGGUCGGGUCGCAUCGGGGAGGAGCUGAGCCGGAUUCCGAAGGAAGCGGUAGAGAGGAUGCGGGAGACGGUGAUCGAUAUGAUCCCGAGGGUUACGUACGCGCACCCGAACGCGAGCCGGUCCGCUCUCGGGUUCAGGGACGCGGUCGACGUGGCUCUGGUCGAGCUCACCAAGCACGUGCGGUCCACGCUCCACAAAACGUAGAAGUUGGCCGGCGGGGACCAAGAAGCAGCGUCGAUGGGGAACAGGUGGAGGGAGUUCGAUCAUUGUCGUCAGCACACAGGGACCCACUAGAGUAAUUAUUUGUUGGUUCUUAUAAAAAUAAUGUGUGAUCUCUUGGCAACAUCCAUUGUAAUUAACAUCUGUUAUAUUAUAUUAUCUUGUAACGAUGAUGGAAGAAAGAAAAUGACCAUUUAACUUACCUGCCUUUUUGGGGUAAUUAUUCAUGCAA